CCAUAAUUCUUCAAUUUUGGAUGUAAGCAGUCUGAAAUCAUACGGCUACUAAGUCUGUAUACUUUAGCACAUAAUGGAACCCAGAGGAGACAUGACACAUGAGAAUUUGAAGUGUCAGGACAUUUUCAUUACAAACGCAUUUUUAAUAGUUCAGCAGAUGAUUCCUAAUGAAGAGAAACCAUUUGUGGAGAGCUUAAAACAUGAGACACAUCUUACUGAACACCAGGGGAGUACUACAGGAGAUAAACCAUAUAAGUGCUCUGAAUGUGAAAAGAGUUUUUCAUUUAAGGCAAAUUUUAUUCAACACCAGAUGAGUCACACUGGAGAGAAGCCAUUUAGGUGUUCUGAAUGUGAAAAGGGUUUUACAUUGAAGGCAAAUCUUACUCAACACCAAAUGAGUCAUACUGGGGAGAAGCCAUUUAAGUGCUCUGAAUGUGAAAAGGGUUUUACAUCAAAGGAAAAUCUUAUAAGACACCAGAGGAGUCACACUGGGGAGAAGCCAUUUAAGUGCUCUGAAUGUGAAAAGGGUUUUAUAGUGAAGGCAAAUCUUAUGAGACACCAGAGGAUCCACACUGGAGAGAAGCCAUUUACAUGUUCAGAAUGUGGAAAGGGCUUUUCCAUAAAGGAACGUCUUACUACUCACCAGUGGACUCACACUGGAGUGAAACCAUUUAAAUGCUCAAAAUGUGACAAGAGCUUCAUAGAUAGGAGAAACCUUGUUGAACAUGAGAGGAUCCACACAGGAAAGAAUCUGUUUUUGUGUUCAGAAUGUGACAAAUGUUUCACCAGGAAAGUUCAGCUCAUUGUUCACCAGAGAACUCACACUGGAGAGAAACCCUUUAAAUGCUCAGAAUGUGACAAGAGCUUUACACAAAAGGGAACUCUUAUUGAGCACCAGAAAACCCAUACAGGAGAGAAACUGUUUAGAUGUUUAGAAUGUGACAAGUGCUCUGAAUGUGAACAGGGUUUUACAUCAAAGGAAAAUCUUAUUGAACACCAUACGAAUCACACUGGAGAGAAGCCAUUUAAGUGCACGGAAUGUGAAAAGGGUUUCACAUCGAAGGAAAAGCUUAUGAGACACCAGAUGAGUCACACUGGAGAAAGACCAUUUAAAUGCUCUGAGUGUUAUAAGAGCUUCAUAACUAAGGAAAGUUUUGUAGAACAUGAGAGGUUCCACACAGGAGAGAAUCUAUUUAGAUGUUUAGAAUGUGACAAGUGCUUCCCAAAAAAGAGUGCACUUGAGGUACACCAGAGGAUACACACAGGAGAGAGACCAUACAGGUGUUCAGAAUGUGACACGUGCUUCUCACAAAAGAGCAAACUUAAGGAACAUCAGAAGAUCCACACAGGAGAGAAACCACACAGGUGUUCAGAAUGUGACAAAUGUUUCAGGUUGAAGACGCAGCUUACUGUUCACUUGAGGACUCACACUGGAGAGAAACCCUUUAAAUGCCCAGUUUGUGACAAGGGCUUCACACAAAAGGGAAAUCUUUUUAGACAGCAUGCUUUUGCUCGACACAUGAUGAUUCACACAGGCGAGAAACCAUUUAGAUGUUCAGAAUGCGACAAGAGCUUCACACAAAAGGUAACUCUCACUAUUCACCAGAGAACUCACACUGGAGAGAAACCAUUCAAAUGUGCUGCAUGUGACAAGAGCUUCUCACAAAAAGGACAGCUUACUGAACACCAGAGGAUUCACACAGGAGAGAAACCCUAUAGAUGUUCAGAAUGUGACAAGUGCUUCAAAAAAAGGGGACAGCUUACUGCACACCAACGAAUUCACACAGGAGAGAAACCAUAUAAAUGUUCCGAAUGUGACAAGAGCUUCACAAAUAAAGCUCAUCUUAAUGAACACGAGAAAACCCACACAGGAGAGAAGCGAUUUAAAUGUUCAGACUGUGACAAGAGCUUCUCACAAAAGUCAAAUCUUAGUAAACACCGGAGGAUCCACACAGGAGAGAAACCAUUUUUGUGUUCAGAAUGUGACAAAAGUUUUAUCGCGAAGGCACAGCUUGCUGUUCACCAGAAGACUCACACUGGGGAGAAACCAUUUACAUGCUUAGAAUGUGACAAGUGCUUCACACAAAAGAUAGAUCUUAUUAGACACCAGAAGGUCCAUCAGGAGAUCCAUGCAUUUAUAUUCGGAAUGUGAUACAUUUCAGAAUAUAGAAAUAACUGUUUUUUUUCUGUUUGGCUGUGCUGAUGAUAGCAACACAAUUCUAGAUGACAGCCACGAU